AUGUCUAUUCCAUUGACUAGACUCGCUCUGCUCAAUACAUUGUAUGUUACUGGAUUCUCAAGAGAUUCAAAAGCCGCGGAUUUGGCUCCUGAGUUUGAAAAAUAUGGAGAAUUAGUAAGAUUAGACAUUCCACCACCAAGAACGACAGAUGGUGAAAAAUAUGCAUUUGUAGAGUUUAAAGAUGCUGAAAGUUGUGAACGUGCUUUGGAUUUAGAUGGUAAACAAGCACCGUUUACGAUAGCAAGUGGAUUGGUUGUACAAGUGGCCAGAUCCGAUCCUUAUAGUGUUAGAUCAUCAUAUGGUGGACCAAGAGGUGGAUAUAGAGGUAGAGGCGGUGGCUAUGGCGGUAGUUAUGGUGAUCGUGACGGAUAUGGUGGCUAUGGCGGUCGUGGAGAUGGUUACGGAAGAGGUGGCGGGUACGGAGGCAGUAGAGGUGGAUAUGGAGGUGGAAGGAAUGGCGAUUAUAGAGGUGGACCUCGUGGUGAUGACGGGUACGGGCCACCGCCACUGCGUACAGGAUAUGGAGGAUAUUCCCGUGGCGGUCGUGGUGGUGGUUACGACGAUGGUUAUCCCCCUAGAAGAGAAGGUUAUGCUCGUGGUGGUGCUCCUCGUGGUGGGUAUGGAGAUUUCAGAGGAAGCGGCCGUGAAAGUGGUUCAGGAAGCAGUUGGUAUGAAAGAGGUAGAGACGGUGCAGGAAGAGGAGGAGAAGGACGUGAGCGAGAACGUGAACGUGAACGCGAACGCGAACGCGACUAUGAACACGGUGGACACAUUGCUGGUGCAAAUAACAGUGAUCGCGAGCGUGAGCGCGAUCUUGAUCAUGAUCGUAAUACAAGAUAUAGUAGAUCGCCUUCGAGGUCUCCUGUGAGAAGAGAAAGAUCAAGGUCUCCUGAGAGAUUUUGA